GUGGGAUCAAAAGACUUGUUCCUUCCAUAGGAUCGCCUUUAGUCCUCACGGACUAACGGCGGUUUUUCUUCAAACCUGGGCGAAGAGCUCGUUGACACUUCUUCAUCGUCCUCUAAAUUAGCGACCAUCUGAAACUCUUUACUCGGUUGUUUCUCCUCCUUUUCUUCUUCUUCAGUUAAUAUGAGCUUUCUCAAUGUUCACUCUCAGUAUUUCCCUAAUUCCCAGAUAACUUUAUUUUCAACUGCAACUACUCUUUAUCUAUCUAAAAUACCCAAAUCUUGUCACCCUCUAAACAAUGUCUUCUCCACAUCAACAACUUCAUCUCCAUUAUCUUCUUACUCAAUUAAUUUACUACCUAAUUGUGUAUUGGAAAGAAGAAGAAGAAGAAACCCUAGUAAGGUUUCAUCAAGCCGGGAUACUCCAAUUUGGUUUGGUAAUGGUGAAUUAGAUAGUUUUGAAGUUUCUAGACAACUUGAUGAUUUAGCAAUUGAUGGAGUUGUUUAUAAAAAAACUCUGAGACUUGUUGAAUCCUCUAUGUUUGCUGCUGUUGCUGGGUUAGCGUAUUUCUUGAGCAAUUCUCUUGCAAUUGAGAACUAUUUUGGUUGUUUCUUCUCUUUGCCAAUAGUAAUCUCUUCUAUAAGGUGGGAUCUUGCAGCUGGUAGAAAAACUAUGGUGGCAACUGCCAUGCUAUUACUUACCUUGUCAGGUCCAGUGAAGGCUUUAACCUAUUUGCUCAUGCAUGGAUUGGUUGGCCUUGCCAUGGGUUCUUUGUGGAGGUUGAGGGCUAAUUGGGGUCUCUCCAUUGCUUUAUGCACAUUUGUUAGAGCUAUGGGUGCAAUGGGGUGUGUUCUAAUAUCCUCAUUCUUGAUAAGAGAAAACAUACCAUCUCUGAUCACCAUAAACAUUCACGCUUCUCUCACUUACAUUCUUACCGUGAUAGGUGUAAAUACAAUCCCAUCGAUGUAUACAAUAUAUGCCAUAUUUGGCACCGUGCUUUUACUCAACUGCGUGUUCUUUGUAUUCCUGCUACACAUUCUAUAUGCUGUGUUCCUGUCCAGGCUUGGGAUGAAGGCUUCUUUGUCACUGCCUAAAUGGGCAAAAGCAAUUUGAAGAUCAUCGGAUUCUCAAUAACUCAAUUGUUGUUGUUUAAGCAUGUGUCUUUACUUAUUCUUCUUAUGCUGUUUGAAGAAGAAUUACUCCUCAAUUUUAUCACCCUAUUUCUUAACUUUACAACUCCAGCCGGCAACCUGAAGACAAUUCCUGGCAGAAGGUAUAGAUGAGGAACCAGGAAUAAAGACAAACUUUCCCGUUGCCCGCCCAAUAUUAUAAACUUCGAGGGUUCUGAUCUAUGUACUAGUGAUAGUGAAUUUUACUCAUGAUGAUUUGUGCCUCACUUCAUAAUUUUGCCUUGGGGUUGUUCUUGAAGGAAACAUGAUUUACAAUUUUUAUCAAACAUCUCAUUUGAAUUGUACGGUUGUACCAAGCCUAAAUUGAUGGUGUACGAUUUGCAUAUAUAAAACUACAUUGUAAACAUCAUUGGUUGAAAAUUUGACAAGACGGAAAGUGUUUUGGCUGGAC